UAGCAAAAUACCCAUUAAAAAAUUUUUAUUCAAAUAGAAAGAACAAUUACGUGCCCGUGAAGUCCAAACAAAAAAAUUAGAAAGAAAAUUAGAAGAUAAACAGGCAGAAAUGGAUGAAUGUGUUUGUGAACUUAAAAAAGCCCAUAAACGUAUCCAAACAGAAUUACAACAACAAUUGGAUGAUUGGAGAAGAAAAGGUCUUCGUUUAGAAACAGAAAAUGCCCAAUUAAAAGGAAAAUUAGAAGCAGCAGAAAUUAAAGAAAAAACUUUGGAAAGAAAUAAUAGUGGAAAUUUAAGGAGUGCAACUGGACGUUUUGGGAGUUUACAGGCUACACAAGAAAGAGAUUUGAGGGAUUCUAGUGUUGAUUCUGAUGUUGGGAUUGUUGGGGGAGGUGAAUGAAUGUUAAUUAUUUUUGAUAUUAUUUUUAUUGAGAGAGGGCGACUUUUUAUUUUAUUGAUGAAUCUAUUUAAGAGAUAAUUGAGAUAACUAGACUUGAAAG